ACCAAAGCAAGAAAGAAAAAUUAAUAAAGAUUCAAUUUUGAUUCCCACCCUUUAUUGUUGAAGUAAUUUCAUGAUGUGGGUUUUGCUUAUUUCACAUUUUUAUUGUGUCCAUUUGUUUUGAAUCCAUUUUUCUUGAAAUUAAAAUCAUUCAUUUCAAAUAAUCCAACCACCUUCAGAAAAUAAUAAAAAUGUCACACUCUCUGUGUUGUUUCUUGGUUUUCUUGUUUUUGAUGCCUUUUGGUCGUUGUUUGUAUCAAGAAAGACAACAUUUACAAAAAAUGAAACUUGGGUUUGAUGACCCAGAUGGGUUUUUAUCCGAUUGGGUUUCCGGUGUCGGCGCCGGAGAUGAUUCUCAUUGUAACUGGACCGGUGUUACUUGCUCUCGAAAUAAAACCGGGUUUGUUGUUUCUGUUGAUUUAUCAAAUGCCAAUGUCGCAGGUCCUUUUCCAGCGGUUCUUUGCCGGUUAACCGGAAUAAAGUUCAUUUCUUUGUAUAACAACUCCAUUAACGGCACACUUUCCGACGAGCUGUCAGCUUGCUGGAAUCUUGUUCAUUUGAAUCUUGCUCAAAACUUACUCACCGGAACACUACCAGAAAGUUUGUCUGAGCUUCCAGAGCUAAAAUAUCUUGAUUUAACCGGAAACAAUUUUUCCGGCGACAUUCCGACAACUUUUGGGAAGUUUCAGAAGCUUGAAGUGAUUUCUUUGGUUGACAAUCUUCUCUCCGGAAAGAUUCCGGCGGAGCUGGGUAACAUUUCAACCUUAAAGCAACUUAAUUUAUCAUACAACCCGUUUGACUCCGGCGAAAUUCCGCCGGAGAUUGGGAACUUGACAAAUCUUGAAGUUUUAUGGCUUACUGGGUGCAACUUAAUAGGACCGAUUCCCGACUCACUGAGUCAACUCGUUAAACUCGUUGAUCUUGAUUUAGCCAUAAACAAACUUUCCGGGUCUCUUCCGAGUUGGGUUACCGAGUUGACAAAUGUAGUCCAGAUUGAGCUCUAUAACAACUCGUUGACCGGUGAGUUACCUGUGGUGGGAUGGUCAAAGAUGACCGCUUUAAGGCUGUUAGAUAUAUCUAUGAAUUUGUUUUCAGGAAUAGUCCCUCAAGAAUUGUGUUCUUUGCAGCUUGAAUCUUUGAAUCUUUAUGAAAAUGAAUUUGGAGGUAAGUUUCCUGAUACCAUUUCGACGUCUAGUAAUCUUUAUGAGCUAAGAUUGUUUGGAAACCGGUUUUCGGGUAGUUUGCCUAAAGAUUUAGGGAAGAAUUCACCUUUAGUAUGGCUUGAUGUAUCUAACAAUCUUUUCUCCGGUGAAAUUCCGGCGACUUUAUGUGAAAAGGGUAAGUUAGAAGAGAUUUUAAUGAUACAUAACUCGUUUUCCGGUAAUAUUCCGGCUAGUUUUAGUAAAUGUUUGAGCGUAAAACGUGUACGUUUAGGGUAUAAUAAGCUUUCCGGCGAAGUUCCGGUAGGGUUUUGGGGUUUACCUCAAGUGUCGUUACUCGAAUUAGUUGAGAAUUCUUUAUCCGGAGUUAUUGCAAAAACGAUUGCUGGAGCUGAUAAAUUAUCUACCUUGAAUAUUGCUAAUAAUAAGUUUUCGGGUCAGUUGCCAGAGGAGAUUGGGUUUUUGGAUAGUUUGAUGGAGUUUUCGGGUAGUAAUAAUUGGUUUUGGGGGUCUUUGCCUUCUAGCAUUGUUAAACUUGAGCAAUUAACUAAACUUGAUCUUCAUAAUAAUGGAUUAUCUGGUGGGAUCCCGAGUGGAAUCGAUUCAUUGAAGAAGCUAAAUGAACUUAAUUUAGCUAAUAACCAGUUUUCGGGCAACAUUCCUGACAAGAUUGGGGAGUUAUCGGUUUUAAACUAUCUUGAUCUGUCAGGAAAUAAGUUUUCGGGCAAAAUCCCGUUAGGGUUACAGAAUUUGAGACUCAAUCAGCUCAAUAUGUCGAGUAAUACCCUUACCGGAGAUAUCCCACCGGUUUAUGCUAAGAAGGUUUACAUUUCAAGUUUUUUGGGUAAUCCGGGCCUUUGUGGAGACAUUGAGGGUUUAUGCGAUGGCAAAAACGUCACGAAGAAUAUAGGUUACAUUUGGUUGCUCCGAGCAAUCUUUGUUCUUUCCGGCGUCAUUCUGAUUAUUGGUGUUGGAUGGUUCUACUUUCGGUACAAGAAUGUCAAGAAAUCAAAUGAAAGCAUUGACAAAUCAAAAUGGACAUUGAUGUCCUUCCACAAGUUGAGUUUUAGCGAAUACGAAAUCUUGGGUGCUCUCGAUGAGGAUAAUGUGAUUGGAAGUGGUGCGUCGGGAAAAGUUUAUAAAGUUGUAUUGAGCAAUGGUGACGCUGUGGCUGUUAAAAAGCUAUGGACAAGUUCAAAAAAGGGUGAUGAUGAAGAUAUUGAGAACAGGUCAGGCUCGGGCUCUGUUCUUGAUAAUGGGUUCGAGGCUGAGGUGGAGACGUUAGGCAAGAUCCGUCACAAGAACAUUGUCCGGCUUUGGUGUUGUUGCUCUACAAAAGUGUGUAAACUUUUGGUUUACGAGUAUAUGCCUAAUGGUAGUUUGGGAGAUUUACUACAUAGUAGUAAAAGUGGGUUACUUGAUUGGCCCAUCAGGUAUAAGAUCGCGGUGGAUGCAGCUGAGGGGUUGGCCUAUUUGCACCAUGAUUGUGUUCCGGCAAUUGUUCAUAGAGAUGUUAAAUCAAAUAACAUUUUAUUGGAUGGUGAUUAUGGUGCUCGAGUGGCAGAUUUUGGUGUUGCUAAGGUUGUGGACGGUAAUGAGAAAGGUGGUAGAUCGAUGUCUGUCAUUGCUGGUUCGUGUGGUUACAUCGCUCCAGAAUAUGCAUAUACAUUAAGGGUGAAUGAGAAGAGCGAUAUCUACAGUUUUGGUGUUGUAAUACUUGAACUUGUGACGGGGAAACUUCCAGUUGACCCUGAGUUCGGAGAAAAGGAUCUGGUCAAAUGGGUGUGCACCACACUGGACCAAAAAGGUCUAGAUGCGGUGCUCGACCCAAAGCUAGAUAUGUGUUUCAAGGAAGAAAUAUGUAAGGUUCUCAAUGUUGGGCUCUUAUGCACAAGCCCCCUUCCUAUCAACCGACCAUCAAUGAGAAGAAUCGUGAAGAUGUUGCAAGAGAUUGGAUCAGUAAAUCCCAUGAGGUUUGCAUCAAAAGACGGGAAACUAACGCCUUACUACUAUGAUGAUGUAUCGGAUCAGGGUAGUGUCGCGUGAAAUAUCAUGGCUAAAGUGACGGUUUCUUGAUGAGUUGUAUGGCCCGGUGCAUCGUGUCAUUAGCUUAGUAGACAUGUUUUUCGUUGCAAAAUGUCGAAACAAAUGGAGAGGGUAAAGUCUCCUUUUGCUAGAUCAUCGGUUUGUGAAUGUAUUGACCCGAGUUGUAAAAUGUGAUCGAUGAAAAGGCUGAAAGCGGAAUGAACCUUCUUACUUAUUGGUGUGGGGUGUGAAGGUUGGGAUAUGAGUUUUGGUUUAUAAAAGAAGGUUGGAUUAUGUAA